AUGCGCUCCGCCGCUGUCCUGGCACUUCUGCUCUGCGCCGGGCAAGUCAUUGCCCUCCCUGUGAACACCCCUAUGGAUAAAAGAGACACCGAGGUGAUGAAGUGCAUCGUUGAGGUCAUCUCUGACACGCUCUCCAAGCCCAGCCCCAUGCCUGUGAGCAAGGAGUGUUUCGAGACACUCCGAGGAGAUGAACGGAUCCUCUCAAUCCUGCGCCAUCAGAAUUUGCUGAAAGAGCUCCAAGACCUUGUUCUCCAAGGUGCCAAGGAGAGGGCGCAGCAGCCGAAGAAACCGAGCAGUUUUGAGGAAGAACUCUCAGAGGUUCUUGAGAAGCAGAACGACCAGGCCGAGCUAAAGGAGGGGACAGAAGUGGCAUCCUCCAAGGAUGCUGAGGAGAAAAGAGGGGAUUCCAAUGAGGUGGAGAAGAAUGGUGAAAACAUGGACGGAGCCCGGCCUCAGGCCUCCCCAGAGCCCGGGCAGGAGGCCGAGGUUGAGGAGGACAGCCAGGACCCAGCGGGAGAGGAGGCCGCCAAGACCCGCCCUCCAGCCAGCCUCCCCAGCCAGAAACACCCGAGCCCACAAGCCAAGGAGGACAGUGAGGGCCCUUCCCAGGGCCUGGUAGAUGGAGAGAAGGGCCUGGGUGCAGAGCGAGGGCAGCAGGCGAAGAAAGAAGAGGAGGAGGAGGACGCAGAGGCUGGAGAGAAGGCCGCCCCGGAGGAGAAAGGCCCUGCCACAGUCCUUAACGCCCACCCGAGCCUCGGCCACAAGGAGACUCAGAGGGGCGAGAGUUGGUCUGAGGCUCUGGCCGUGGAUGGAGCCAGGAAGACUGGGGCUGAGCUUUCUCAGCCCCCCAAGGGGAAGGGGAAGCGCACGAGGUCAAGGCAGGAGGACGAGGAGACGGCAAGGGCCUCUCAAGGCCCCUUCCGGGGCGAGAAGAGCAGGAAGCUGGAGCAGGAGGCGGAGGAGCAGCUCGCCAAGGAGUGGGAAGAUGUCAAGCUGGCCAAGGAGCUGAGGGCCGAGAAGCGGCUGGAGCGAGAGGACGAGGAGGACCCUGACCCUGACCGCUCCAUGAAGCUCUCCUUCCGCGCCCAGACCUACGACUUCGGGGGCCCAGGGAUGCCGCUGCCACAGGGCUGGAGCCCGUCCUCCCCCGAGGACAGCGCUGAGGCGGGCCCGCCCCUCCCGGUGCGCAGCUACCCCGAGGAGAAGAAGGAGGAGGAGGGCAGCGCCAACCGCAGGCCGGAGGACCAGGAGCUGGAGAGCCUGUCGGCCAUCGAGGCAGAGCUGGAGAAGGUGGCCCGCCAGCUGCAGGCCCUACGGCAGGGCUGAGGCGCCGGCCGACCCCACCAGCCAGGGCCCCGAGGUGCCCUGCGGUCCUGGCUCUGUUGUCCCCUGUGCAGGUCCUGGCCAGCUGGCCUGGGCGCUGCUUCCAGUAGGGAGGUGGCCCCAGCCUGCCCGAGCCCAGGCCGCCCUGCUGCCCCCACACUCCUUCCCCUCCUGCUCUUGACCCCAGGACGCCCCUCUGCAGGGCAGACCCCAUGACUUUAAAAGAUUAUCCUCUCUCUGAACACAGGAAGCUUUCUAGAAGUUUCAGAGCUAUUGGACACAACUGCAAUAACUUUCUGAUCUUUUGGUGAAAGCUGAGAACUCCUGACUGUAAUAUUCUGUACAAAAUGUAUCGAAGGAAAAAUAAAUCUGCUCUGGGCUCUUUCCUGUUUCUUUAAACUUCACCCAUCUUGGCUCAGAGGAGGGUAUGAUGGAUGGGAUUCAGGGAAAGGGACAAGGGGCGGUCCAGUCCCCUUGGAGCAACUCCUUUCUGGGCCACUUCCUAGCCAUGGGACCUUGGGCACGUGGCUUUGUACCUCCGAGCGUCAUUUUUCACAUCUGUAAAAUGGGGUGCUGACAUCUGCUUCAAAGUGUGUAGGGAUUAAGUGACACUUAAUGCAAAGGGCUCCCCGGUUCCUUCUCCCCUCUUUCCUGUAUCCCAGCCACACCUGAGCUGGGCCAGUUUGGGAAACAGCCUCUGCUUCCCCGUGGAGCUGGGAAGAGGCCCUGACAGGCCUGGGGGAGUGCCAGCCACCGAGGCCACAGGCCCCCUCGGCGUAAAUCUGCCACCCCCUCUGACCUGGUACGUGCACGGGACUCUGGGGCAUCCGAAGUUCUUGCAGUGGUUGACGAGAACACGGCACGUCUCAGUCUCAGGUCUGAGGAUGAUGACACAGGCUCACAAGGUGAAAGGACUCAUCAGUCACAGGCAGGCGUAAUGCCUGCAACACUGAGCCAUGGUGACAGCAGGAUUACACGACCAGAAGGGACCGGGCUGGUGCGCUGGACUGGCAUGGACCAGCUGAGCAUCAGUGCCAACCAGUCGUUCGGCAAACACUUGUGAGGGGCUGGUGUGGAUCACAUAGGCCUAGGCAUGCAGACAUGGCCAGGACAAGGCCUGGCUUCGGAGAAGGCCACCGCCCGUGAACGUGGGUUUUGACAUCGGACUGGAGCUGGGAU